AUGGCUUUCCCUUGCCAUUUGUUGAACUUUUGGAGAAGUCCAAUCCUCUUGUGGCAGCCACAACAGAGGGGUUCAUCCUUGGAGCCUCAUACUCCUCAAAGUAAUAGCACUCAGGCUCACCCAAAUCCGCACUUCCUGGCUGAUCUUCAGCUGAGACUCAGCUCGAUCCUCAGCUCGACUCAGCUCGAUCGAGCUCAGGCUCCUCUUCUCGCAAAUCAUCCUCAUGCCCAACUAAUGUGUACACAGGGGGCAGGAGAAGCUUGGAGGUCCAACCAAUGGAUGUGUGAACUUGAAUUGGAAUCUCCCAUCCAACUCCUUGUGCUCAAUGAGAAGGUUGGUCUUGCAAAACUUGAUGUCCAUCCAACCUGGUUCAGUGGCUCUCUAUCAGUUGGGUUCACUCCAGCAGCACACAAGAUAGGUGUGAUGAGCCCUCCAACACUUAAGCCUCUUCCUCGUUGA